AUUUACCAGUGGACAGUAAUUUAAUCCUACCCAGCGAAAUGAAGAGUAGGGAAGGAGCACUGUGAAAGAGAGGUGCAGCAACUUGUUAAAUGCACUAACAAUCAGAAAAAAAAUGAAGUCUACCUUGUAUUUGUGUUUGUUGCUUCUUGGGCUUCAUGUCCAGGGUCACCAUGAGCCCAGCCACAACAAUGAACAAGAGGAACAAAAAAGAGUUCACUCUCCAGGAGACCGUCGCCAGGCUGAAGGUGAAAACCUGGCUCAUCUCAAGAUAGCCCCGAGCAAUGCUGACUUUGCAUUUAGAUUUUACAAGCAAGUCGCGGCAGAGGCAGGUGACAAGAACAUUUUCUUUUCUCCUUUGAGCCUCUCAGCUGCUUUUGCAAUGCUCUCUUUGGGGGCCAGAGCAGCCACGCGCCAACAGUUGCACAAAGCCCUCGCCUUCAACUUGACGGAGAUCCAGGAGUGGGAAGUCCACGAAGGCUUUCAGCGUCUCCUUCAGUUACUGAACGACCCUCACAGAGAAGUCCAGCUGAGCAUGGGCAAUGCCCUGUUCGUAGAUGACCAACUGAAACUGCUCAAAAAAUUUGUGGAUGAUGUUACAAAUUUUUAUGAUUCUGAAGCUAUUUCUAGUAACUUCCAGAAUGCUUCAGAGGCUAAAAAGGAAAUCAAUGAUUACAUAGAAAUGAAAACGCAUGGAAUGUUUGUUAACUUGCUCAAGAGUCUUGAUCCAUACACUGUGAUGGUUCUGGUUAACUACAUUUUCUUUAAAGGCUACUGGGAACAACCUUUCAGCAGUUUGCUCACCAGCGAUGAUGACUUUUUCAUGGAUGCCAAGAAGUCUGUUAAGGUCAAAAUGAUGCAUCGAAAUGAAGCCUAUAACACCUAUAGGGAUGAGAAGUUGUCUUGCUGGGUGGUAGAAAUCCCAUACAAAGGAAAUGUUGCUGCAUUGUUUGUUCUGCCUGAUGAAGGGACAAUGAAGCAGGUGGAGGCUGCUCUGCUGAAAGAAACUGUGUCUAACUGGGCAAAAUCACUUAACAACAGACAAAUCUACUUGCACCUUCCAAAAUUCUCCAUUUCUGGCUCCUAUGAUGUCAAGCACCUGUUCCAGGAAAUGGGUGUGACAGAAGUGUUCAGUGACCAAGCUGAUCUCUCUGGAAUGACGGAAAACACUCGCCUAAAGGUUUCCAAAGCAAUUCACAAAGCAAAAGUGGAUGUUAAUGAGAACGGCACAGAGGCUGCUGCCGUGACUGUGGUGGAAAUUACGGCAACGUCUCUUCAGCUUCCUCCUCCUCCUGUCAUCAGAUUCAACAGGCCCUUCCUGAUGCUAAUUUUUGACAAAGCUGCCAGCAGUAUCAUCUUCAUAGGGAAAAUUGUGAACCCAGCUGCCAGUGAAGAGUAGGCCAGAGCACUUGCAUUCAGCACAGAAAUUCUAGAGAGCUUGUGCACAUCCCAGGGAUUUCUUUGCAAAAAGGGAUUGAAAUUGAACCCUAAUUAAUAGAUAAAUAAACAUUAAAGGUAGUUAUUCUGCAUCUGCAAACAGAAUCAAGGCCAUGUUUACAAAAUGUCCCAGACCACAUAGGCAGCUGUGGGGUCUUCAACAAACAUUUUUCUACCUUGCUUGUUCGUCACUGGUUCCACGGUGCCCUGCACUAUGUCUGCCGUGUUCUGCUGAGUCCUCAGCAGAGAUAUGGACUCCAGAAAUCAUCCCCUUCAGCUGAUAAGCCAUCAUUUCCCUCUCUAUCAUUCCACUGAAUCCCAGAACAGCUUCCUUCAGCUCUGAAACCCUUUUCUGUCCAGCCUGAUCACUGCCUUCUACCAGCUCAGAUCCCUUGCUCCUAUCUGCGUUCCUCAUUAGUUGCUCCAGAGUGAGAUACUCAACUUUUCUGACUGGACAAGAACUUAGUUUCCAUGUCAGGGAGGGCUGCACAUCACUGCAUGAAUGGUCUUGCACGUGUACAACAGUGUCCGUGCUCCCUAGAAGAGCUAGAUUUGCUGGUCAUGGACUAGACAGGUGGUGUCUGCAAGCACAUAGCUAAUACCAUUUUUGCUCCAGGGUUGCCUGCAUUAGAAAAAGCCUGUCCUGCUAAACUAAUUUGCACAGCCUGCUCUUCGCAGUUGUCUUCUCCUGAGGAAGCACAGGCCAUGGGUGGCAGUUCACAAGAAUAACUUGGCAUAAAAGGAUUCCGUAUCUGAUUUCUGAUUUUCCUGCGGCCAUCGAGUCCUCCUCUCUCAUGUGACUUGCUCACAUCAAUGACAUGAAAACAGCUGCGGGAAUUCAAAUAGGAUUUUGUGGCCUAGCAGUUCCGAAGCUGUGAUGCCUAAAUCAAACAGUUCAUUUUCUGAGCGUAGCUUCUCUUUUCUGCUUCAGUCUUUCAUGGUUCAGGUGAUGCUUCAUGCUUGUCAUCAUCGGCUACCCGCCCUGGAAACUUUGUUUCCAUCAAAAAUAAUUUCUGCUUCUCUUGGACGCCACACAGCCAGUCAUCCCCCAGAACUUCUUAGUAAAGAAUCAAAUUCCCCUUGCCCUGCCAAACUGUUUAUCUCCAAACUCACUGGGUCUGAUUUAAUUUUCCACUUACUAGUGUGGUCGACUGAAUAACUUUAGAAGCUUGACCGAUUGACUUCCCAGUGAUUAUUCUCUCUGAAGGUUUCAGGUAUCCAUCAAAUUGAGCUCUUUGAUGCCCCCUGAAAAAGCUAAGGAUGAACUUACUUAGAAACACAAUCCUCAGUAGUGAUAGAAUAACAUUAACUUCACUGAUGUUAAUAAUGCUUAACUGAUACAUAGAACAUUUUUAUAACACUGGUUA